AUGCCCAAGGGAAGGCGGGCCAACCCCAGCACUGCACGGGAUGGUAUCUGGUUUGCACAGUCUGGAAAGCUGCAAAUAUUUCCUGAAUCUCUUACAGCCACUAUGCAAAAACAGAUACUAAAUACAGAAGCUACUCAUCAAAUUGACAACAGAUUGCCACAGAUGUACAAAAUUCGUGAGAAGAAACCAGCAAACACAUUUCCAUUUUCAGUCCAUGAUAAUAGACAUUGUUUACUGAAUGUAGGGGAGUACUUAGAUUCCACCUGAAAUUAUUUUAAGAACCUAAGUGGCAUUAAAGCAAUGGAAAUUGGAUGAGUGGUUGCAUUUAUACAGCUGUAUUCAAGGAUCAGUGUACUUGAAAAAGGGAAACAUGUUUGCCUUGAAUAUAAAAUUACUUUAGUUUUUCCUCUCAAACAUCAAGAUUUUCUCUUGAUGUGGAGACCUGGGCUAGCUACCUCCACAUGGGAAUCAGUGCAACAACCUGUGUGAAUCUUUAAAGGUAUUUAUAGCUUUGGAAAAAGUGGGGAGCAUGUCAAUGCUCCACUUGCUAUAUUCCUUCUCCAAUUUGG